UUGUCACCCAAACCCCCUCUGCUAGACCGACACAGCGCGACACCGCCGCUGUUGCUGCUUCCGCAAGACGAGCCGUCGUCGUCACCAUGAAUAUCCUCGAAUGGGCCUUUGGCAAGCGCAUGACGCCGGCCGAGCGGCUGCGCAAGAACCAGCGCAUGCUCGACAAGGCGAUUCGCGAACUCGACCAGACUCGCGUCAAGCUGGAGAAGCAGGAGAAGACGCUGAUACAGCAGAUCAAGACGAGCGCCAAGAACGGGCAGAUGGGGGCGUGCAAGAUCCAAGCCAAGGACCUGGUGCGCACGCGGCGGUACAUUGAGAAGUUUUACGGCAUGCGCAGCCAGCUACAAAAGAUCUCGUUGCGGCUUCAGACCUACCGAACCAACGAGCAGAUGAUGCAGGCCAUGAAGGGUGCCACGAUGGCGCUGAGCAGCAUGAACAAGUCCAUGAAUCUCCCACAGUUGCAACGCAUUGCCAUGGAAUUUGAGCGCGAAAACGACAUAAUGGAGCAGAGGCAAGAGAUGAUGGACGACGCCGUCGAUGACGCCAUGGAUGUUGGAAUCGAGGAGGAGGGCGACGAGGUUGUUGAGCAAGUCCUGGAAGAGAUUGGCAUAGACCUGAACCAAGCUCUCGGGGAGACGCCCACCGCCUUGGGCAACUCUGCUCUGUCCGAAGGCAAGGUUGCGCAAGCCGUUGGAGCUGGAGGAGGCGGCAGCGGUGACCCGGUCGACGAUGAUCUUCAAGCCCGACUCGACAGCCUUCGAAAGUAG